AGACAGGAACGAAGGAGAGAAGAAGGCAACGGACGACCCCCGACGGCACUGACCGGCAGCUAUUUUGAUUGCUGCCUCUGCAGCCGCAACUUUGCACCAGCUGGAAUGCACGCCCGGGUUGCGAAAUGCACCAGCUGCAUUGGCUGCACUAGUGGCUUCAAAAGCCACAGGUCGUAGGAAGCCAACGUCCCUGUCUCCGUGCUAAAGAACUUCACUCGGGCAGGCGCCAUUGGAAACGCUUCGUUUAUCGGGAGCUCUUAGUUCGACGGGUAGGGGAAGAACUCUGCUGCGAUAUACGUAUAGUAUAUAUAUAUAUAUAUACCUGAUGGUUAUUAGUUGAUAGCUGUCAGCUGGUCCGUUACUUCUCAGCAGUGAUUUUACGUGCGACGAACCGGAUGAUAGAUGAAGAUUGAACGAUGCAUCUGAGUCUUAGGCUUCUCCACUUUGAUGGGAUGCAUUAGCCGAAUAUCAGGGCCCUGGCUAAAUUUCAGAUUGAUAUUUUGGCUUCCAUGACUCCUAGUUCAGGAACAGGCUGCUGGUUAGAAGAAUUUCAUACAGCAGGGGAAUCGACCAGGCUAGAAUCUCAGGAACAGUGUAUUCCCUUUUUCUCUUCUUAUGAACUCUCUUUUACUCGUGGCUCGUAGCCGUGUAUGUAUCAAGCACCAGGUAUCUUUUCUGAGGACGUUACGAGUUGACAACAGGAACGUGGAUACAAGGGCAGAGGCAGUGAUGAUCCUGGCGAGAGGAGGGACAGGAAGAGAACGGUAAUCAAGUGGUAUCAGAUUCUGUAUAGCCUGGUCUGAGCUGCUACGUGUACUAACCUCGUCCCCAAUAUAAUAAAGCUUUCGAGGCUGCACUUCGAACAGGCUCGUAAUUGAAUUCUUGAUUGCUUUUUGUUUGAACUGCACUCUGGACACUGUGUCAUCCUGUUAGCUCAGAGGUAACAUUCCUGUGACCUUAGUCCAGCCGUGACCCCCAGCUGUAUGUACGAGAUCUAUUCUUUAUGCACACCUCGCACGCUCUUUCGAAUAGACCUUGGCGCGAUGAGAAAGAAUGAGACAGAGUUAGAGAGAGGGGCACGUGUGUUUUUACGGAAAAUGGCAAGAAAGUCUUUCCUCUUUCAGGGUGGAUUUACGCGGAUCAAAGAAACAGCAUGGAGAAAGGAGAGAACUUGAAAACGGUAUUAGAGAGGAUCAGUGACGAUCCUAGCUGUCCGUUUUCUCGAGACUGGGUCGUUCACGCAUCGUUUUUCUUUUACGAGGAUAUUUAACGCGACUUUAUCUCUAUCGUGCUCAUAAGGCAUUAAACCGUUCAUUGUUUGAAUAACAGUCGAUAGAUGGCGCCACUGCUCGGUUGCUCCCUUUUUUUUAUUCUCGGAAAAUCUAUGGAAAUUGCUUUGGGUAGUCUUACAUGAAUAACGGAAAUCUUUUUGAAUAAUUCAUUCGUCCAUUGCGCUAAAAGAUCAAGAGAUUUCUCCGUCGUCUGUGUACAUUUUCUUCUACGAAAUACUCUUCUGCUGCACUUUUCAAAUGAGUUCGGCCUAUUGGACUAGCUGACUAGACGUACGAUGGCAGCACUGAGGCGUAGCGUCCGUUGGGAGAAUCUACGAUUAUCGUGUACUGCAGACACACUGCGGUUUCGUGUCUGCAGAGAGUAUCGAGUAUUCAAGCUCCACGGAGCGCUCUUUUCGUCCCUGCGUUCAAAGGUCGCUGAGUUAAACUCCAGGCUGGUCGUGGCUGUGAGGGCCCGGGAGGCUGCAGAAGGUGCCGUUAUCAGGGCCCAGGCACAGGCGACUAGGGCAGAGCAGAGGACGGAGCAGCAGGCUGCUAGGCACGAGGAGAGACUCACUGAACUCCAUUCUGUGAUUGCUGAACUGGGUAGACAAUUGGAGAGACACCGGGCCACCGUCAUCGCCGAGGAAGACGAGUCUGAAAUCGAGACCAGCAGGGACGCUGAAGGUUCCAUCACGAAUCCUGUGGAGGAAAGUGAGGGUGGUGGUGACAUUCCAGGAGAUGGCGACAGGACCCUGGGGGAUGCAGACUCCAGCUGCUGUGAGGAAAUCGAGCCACGACCCAUCGAGAAUGGCAGAGAGCAGCUGGACAGUCCUGCAGCUUUACCCACUCCAGAACCAACACAGCAAGCUGCGUCCUGCCAGAGCGUCAUCGUCGCUGCUCUUCAGGAUGAGGUGACCGCUCUCAGAACGGAAAUUGCGAAUCUGCAAUCGCAACUCGUUCAGGUUAAGAAUCAGGGACAAACGACUCAGCAGCCAACGAGGUGCAACUCACCUAGAAGAGACCCCAGGACUAGGGGAAAUACCAGCUCGCCCGAACCGUUGACUGCGCCAUGUUCACCGUUGUUGCCACCCUUGCAAACACCACCCGCGAAAACCAUUAGCAGGGAGGAAGCCCCUGUCUUGAAAAUGGCGGAAAGGGUCAGACUGAGGAGAACGGACGAGAGACAUAUUACGGGUCCUGACAUUACAAAUCUUGGAGUUUGCUCAACAAUGGUGGCUGAACACCUGGUCUCGGAUCUCCUGGAGCAAUCGAACCUUCAAGAAUUGAAUGGCUCAGAAAAACAGUUUGAAGUGGAAACCGAGAGGUUGAACAGUCGACUUGAACACGCUCGUGCCAAUAAUGCGGUUCUGGCAUUGACCCUUCACGAGAGCAAAGCGCAGUGCGACAGGCUGAGCUUACUAGUCGGAAAGUAUGAGUCAAACGCUACAGCUCUACGACUCGCCCUUUCGUAUAGUGAUCGGGCAAUAGAAGCAUAUGAUGUUCUGAUGGCUCUACUGGAGAGCGAAAUCGCCCUGACCACCGAUAGAAAUAAUUUCACUGUCGAUCAAAGGAGGACCGCUGAAAAUGUGGCGUACCAUGUUCUCAAAUGGCUGGAAAAUGAUUGUGCCUCCCUUGGUGCUCCUUGGCAGGACAGCAUUAUAUUGUCCGACGAUUCCGAGGCAACGUGGUCCGGCGAAGAAGAACAAAGACUCAGGAGACACAUCAAUAGAUUAAAGGGUGAACGGGCGAUGGUUAGGUCGACUGCGGUUGAACUCGAGAGUGUUCAUGCUGAACCACUCAAUUCUAAAAAUACGAUUUCCUUGGCGGAAGCCAGGAAGUUGGAUUUGGAAACUGCUGUUUUGAUGCAGGAGUUAAUGGCUAUGCGGGAGGAUAAGGCUGAAUUACGUGCACGGGUUUUCCUCUUGGAAAAAGAACGGGCGACCAUAGAAUUGAAAUUGAGUGCUAGAGAUACUCAGAUUGCAGCUCAACAUGCAGCGAUUCAGCAUCUCCAGGGUCAGCUUAGUGAUACAGAAGCUAUGCUUGCACUUGCUACAAACAAGGAUCGCAGAAUGAGUGAUAACGGAAGUGAGGGUAUAGAAUCUGAUCUCAUAGAGGCAUUAGGUAGAGAAGCUAGACUGAAAGAGCGGCUUCAGGAAUUGGUAUCAACAUUGGAUAAAGUAAACAAGAAUUCCGAAUUGAGACAUCAGCAAUCGGCUGAACUUGUAAAUGAUCUCAAGAGAGUCAAUGGAGUUCUCAUAGAGACUGUCGAGAAGACUAAGAAGAAGUAUCAGUCCAGACUUAAGAAAUUGGAACAGCAAAUGCUUGGAAUGGUGGAAAGGCAUGCUGCACAGGUGAAGUCUCUGAAGCAAAGAAUAGCCAUGUUGGAGGAGGAGGCAUCAGGUUACAAAGGAUUACCCUUGCAGUCGCAAAGUUCAGGAGCGAGCGAGACAUCUUUAUGACACACGAGUAGUUAAAGCAAAUGUUCUUAAUAUAAGUAUAACUUAACGAGUCUUUGAAUAUCUUUCCUAUUGCCACGGAUCAGACGCGAUGGAAAUGGAAUCUACGUAUUUUUUUACUCAAAGUGUCGCCCAAGCGUAGAGCUUAAAGUCAUUCGCUUUAUAAACGAUAUAAACGGUGCGCGAUGUCGCUGCUCUAUUAUUGAUUAAAAUCCAUGCUAAAUUUACGCAAAAAGUCUGCUGCAAAUGUUCCAAAGCAAGCAAGCUACUUAUGAUUAGAUCCACUAAUAUCUCGUAAAUUAUGAAUGAACGACUACUAGCUAGUAAUACGUGUCAACUAUAGACAGUGAUAUUUACAUGUAAAUAUGUAUAUUGUUGUAAGCACACACGAAGCGUGAUAUAUGUAGACUAUCUUUAAAUAAAUUGCGCUUUAUUGAUUAUA